GAGCAGUACGAAACUUAUUUCAGUAGAAUUUUUGGAACAAGUGAACAAUGUUACUAUCGGUCAAUUAAUUCUUAGGAUUUUGACUGAAUGGUCAAUUUCAUAUAGCUCCCCUUAUAUUUUU